GCGACUCUUGUGUUAUGAGAUGACAACAUCGCAGUUUGUGCCCUAAUUGUCAUUUUAGUAUUAAUAUCAAUAUUAAAUAACUACCUCAUAAGUUCAAAGAGAAACAAAAAUUAUAAUGAAUAACUAUUUAUUGUGACAAGUGCAUUAUAAGCUCAAAACUAAAGUGUGUGCGUCUUUGGGAAAGUACUUAGCUCCCGUAAAAAUGGCGGGUGUGUUAUCUUUCUCGGUUGUGUUUUCGUUCCAAUCGGAGAAAGUCUGAGUAUCAUUUAUAAGUGUUUAUUAAAAGAAAGUAUCUUGUAAAUAACGUGGUUAUCGCAUAUAGCAACGGUAUGACUUAUAUGCUAAUUUGACAUUAGAAGAGGUGAUUGAUCUGGCAGAACGGUGCAGGUGUCAUCGUUUUUAAUGAAAUUAUCAGUAUGUCGCGCUGGGGCAGAGGCCGAGCCGGCAGCGUGGCCGUGCCGCUGGAUAGUGCCCUUUUUAGAGAAAACAGCAAUUGUCCGUCAGCAGCUCGUUCGGCGGGCACUGUUGGCAAGUGGGGAAUUACGAGUUUUACUUCGAUCAGGAGUGCGCCCUAUGCAUAUGCAAAUAAUGUUAUUAAAAAGCCAGUACAAGACCAAAAUAGUCCACUGACAGUACCUGCAGUUGAAACUGAGCAGCCACCCCCAAAACCUAAGAAGUUUUUUAAAUCUCGGAAUGCUGAACCUUUCCCACCAGUUCCACAAAUUACUUAUGCCCCUCCAGUGCCAGCUGCUCCACUUUCACCUGAACAUCCCUCAAACAGUAAGAAAACAAAUAAGAGAAGCCGAGUUUAUAAUAGAGACUCAUCAUCACCAGAAUUACCUAGGCGGAAUUCUGAGAAGGGAAAAGCUAAGAAAAAUUCACUGGCCACCAAGGCCUCCAGAAAAGAGGAAUCAACAUCACAGAAUACUCAGCCACCUAAUAAACGUUAUUUGGUUAGAAAUCGUAAUAAGGUGAUAAAUUAUGCAGAAGAUGGUAGCAACAGUCCUAUUCCAGACUUCAGUCACUAUGAACCACCACCACCACCGCCUAAAGUAGCUUCUCCAAAGGUCCCAUCUCCUAAAUCAAGCCCUUCAGUUAGAAGUCCUACUCCUGUGAAAUUGGACAUAGCGAGCCCAUCAACUAGUAAAGAUGGUGCAGAAGAACGAAAACCACCACCUAUAGUUUUACGAAUAUCUAAAGGCACAUCAAGAAUUGUAAGUACUGAUUCCAAUGAAGGUUUCACUUCACCCAGUUCUGACCGACAUUCAUCUAUGGAUGCACAUUCUGAUUUUGGGUCUGAUCAUAAAAAAAGUCCUUCAGUGGAAACAAUUUGUUCUCCUAAGCAUGAGGGUCUGAAAAUUACUAUAAAAUGUGCAGGUCUUAAUCAAGAAAUUAAAAAAGAGAAGAAGAAGGAUAAAAAGGAUCAUAAAUCCCAUAAACGUCACCAUAAAUAUGCUGACGAUGAAUCUGCAAAACCAACAAACUCCCCAGUACCAGGGUCUGAUACAUAUGAUCUUUAUAAAACUUUGGCAUCACCAGGACAAGAUGAUGAGAUAGAAUCACGAAAUACAGUAAUAGCUGAUGAUAUUGAAUCUCAGUUAGCCAAGUUAGACUCUGUUGGUUCUAAAAUUAAAUCUCCAAGGUUAGAAGUUCAACCUAAGGAACUCCCACCAGAACCUAAGCCACCUGAACUUUCAUCUGGAAGGGCCAGACGAAACAGGCCUAAUAUAAAUUAUAGUGAAAAUGAUGAUUUUUUGGAUGCCUUAACAUCAGAUUAUUCCAACAAACAUGGAACAAAAACAGUGAAUGAUAUAAAGAAGGAAGGUCGGAAAGUUAAGAAAAAACAUGAGUCUGUAGUUGAGAGUCCAGUAGUUACGUCACCUGAGUUAAAUGAGGGAAUUGACAAAGAAUCUGAGAGUCACAAGAGUAAUUUAAUAGACAUACUUUCAGCAGAUGCUGACAGUAAUAAGGGACAGUCAGGAAAUGAUACUCAUAAAGUGAAAAGUUAUAAAAAGCAAAAACAAAAACUCACAAAGCACUCUAGUCCUGAUUAUAAUUCAGAUGUUCAAGAAAAUAUUCAGGAUGACCUAGAACCAAAUGAACCAGAAUUACCUCAGGAUGAAGAAAAUGCAGAUGAUUUUUCACAAAUAAAUAAUGCUGAAUUGGAAAGUCAACAGAAUUCACAGCCAACACAAUCAUCUGAUUCCGCCUAUAAUAGUUGUCCUAAUGAAAAUUCAGAAGAAGAAUCACAAAAAACACAAUCUGACGAUGUAUUUAAAUCACCUCAAAGAAUAUCCGAGACUGAGGAACUUACAGAAGACAAACCAAGUGUGAAAUUAGUUAUAACGAAAAAGAAAGGAUCUAUAUUCAAAAGUAAAUCUUUGAUGAAUGAUAAUCCAUCUCCUUUACCAGCAAGAAAAAGGCGUCAUCUUUAUAGACAUGAGUGGGCAAAUGAUAAAGGAAAUGAAACUCCAAGACCUGAGCCACCAGAGAACCCAGAAGUCAGAAAUCCAGUGAACAAAGUGCCAGAGGAACUGACAAGGGUAACACGGUAUAAACCUCCAGAUCCAAUAGUGGACAGUAUUGACUCUACUGAAGCUGUAAAACCAUACACUAGCGUAAAAUGUGCAAAGGAAGCUAAAGAGUUCUAUACAGUUGUUAGAAAUGUGAAGAAAGCACAUCAAAUACAAGAAAUUGGUGAAUUCCAAGAGUUGAACGAUGAUGUGGAAUAUAUUUUGGAUGCAUUACAGGACAACAACCCAAUGUCGACGAGAUGCCUGUCGGCUAUCACGUUGGCCAGCAAAUGUACUGCACCCGCGUUUCGGAUGCACUUGCGGGCCCAUGGCAUUGUGCAGAAAUUCUUCCGCGCUCUGCAUGAUGCCACCAAUGACCAGAGUUUGGGGCUGUGCACAGCAACUGUCAUGUUUGUAUUGUCACAAGAUCGUCUUAAUAUGGAUGUGGACAGAGAUUCACUUGAACUCAUGUUGAAUUUGCUUGAAUCUGAUGUUUCACACAAAAAUGCUCUUGAUGACUGUGGCCUGACAUCAGCUCAGUUGGCAAAGACACAGGAGAGAGUUCGUGAAUUGUGCGCUGAAAUCAAAAGUCAAGGAAAAGCUCAGCAUCUAGAUUUAGACAAUAUUACUGUGGGACAUUUGGCGAUGGAGACGCUACUGUCGUUGACGUCGAAGCGCGCUGGCGAGUGGUUCAAGGAGGAGCUGCGCGUGCUGGGCGGCAUCGAGCACAUCGUGCGCACCAUCCAGGAGUGCGCGGCGCGGCUGCCCGCAGCGCCCGCCGCCGCCGACGACUGGCAGCCGCUGCACAUACACGAGCUCAGGAAGGCCGACCGCUGCAUGCGCGUACUGGAAAAUGUGACCCAGCAAAAUGAGGACAAUCAGCUGUACCUGUUGAACUCGCAGCUAGGUGCUGCUAAGACUCUAGCGGCGCUGCUCAGGCGGUUCACGAUGGAGGCACGCUCAGAGUCGGAACUGAGGCAACCUUUACUCGACGCCUUAUUGCCAGCAAUCAAAGUGCUGAUCAACUUGUCACAUUCAUUUGGGAACAAUAUCUCACCAGGAGCUCAAGUGGUUGCUGAACAGCCAUCGGUAAUGGAGAUGUGCCUGAUUAUAGUGAAUAAUCAAGGAAACUUCAUACCUGAUGACAGAAAUUUCGACUUCAGUGUUUGUGUUUUAUUACUCCUAAUAAACCUCGUGCAAAACAACGAAGCAGUCACACUACAGUUGUUAAACGUCCGCAUUCGUGUAGACAAUGAGGACGACAUUAUAUCACGGAGUGUCUCAGCGAUCGAUCUCAUUGUUGAUCUCUUCUAUGCGCGGGAGGAUCUGGCGAGACGAGCCGAAGAAAAUACUGACGCGCUAUUAGAUGGUGAAAAGGAUACAGAAGUUGAUAACAAAAAGAAGCAAUCUCAAGACGAUAUUGAGGAAACUGUAGCUAAAUUGCUGGCGCGCGCGGGCACGCACAUGGAGCACACGAUGGUGGGCGCGUACAUCGCGCUGGUGCUGGGGCACGCGGCCGGCGCCGCGCCCGCCGCCGCCGCCGCGCUGCGCCGCCGCCUGCCCGCGUACGCGCCGCUGCUGCCCACGCUCAACAAGUACUACACCUUCCUCGCGCUCACAGCCAGCGCUGAAGCAGCAAUCGUGGCACACGUUAAAGCUACAAAGCGUAUCAUUGAUUUUAUGGAAGCGAGUGACAGAGAGAACUCUGAGGAAGGUCCCUCGCAACCGCCCGCGGCGCCGUAUACCGCCAAUAGUUAUCCUAGUAAUUACUAUCAAACCUCUCCCUCCGACGUCCCUCAAGACAUGUCCCUCAGUAACCUCAACUACAGUAUGAACUACAGUACCUCAAGCUCGGAUAGAAUGUCCUCGUCGAUGGAAGUCGAUGGCUAUCAUUGAAACUCGAAUAUACACUAGUGAACACUAUUACAUAUUGAUAUGUUUUGUUAAUCAUAGUGAAAUUUUAUUGACACGAUAACAUUGACUGUGCUGUGUUUCUGAUCGUAUUGAGAGUUGUAAAUUGCGAUGACCGUUUUUUGGUUGUCAUAUCAAUACUGAAUUCUACUUUGAUUUUGUUUAGUAACGGUUCCAUUUAUUUUCAUUUGUGAAAAGUAAAAUGAAGGGCAUUUUAAGUAGUUUAAAAUAGGACUAUAAUAGAUUAUUAUAUAUACAUACAAAACAGAGCAAUGAAUAUAAGCCAACAAUUGUGAAAAUACUUGUAAAUAUAAAUGAAAUCACUAAUAUAAACCUUGUAUAUUGUGAAUCCUCUAGUAAUACAGUACUCGCCAUUAUCUGACCUAUUAAUGACCAUCCGUUUGUAGACAGUGGAUGUAUGAAUGUAUACAGCUACUAGUAACCUCUUUUUGUAAUAAUAUCUCUUCCUUCUCUAUAAUAAAUAUGUAAAUAUAUAUCACACAGACUGUUAAUGAAUAGUUGCGUUAAUAAUGGAAAUGGGUUAUGAAUACUUGAUUAAAUUGAGAUAUUCCGAGUUUAAGCCACAGAACUGGCAAUAUAAAAGUGCAAAACUAGUUGUGUAAGUGUAUAAUAGAUAUUGUAUUCUUUUAUGUGAAUAUUGUGUCUGCACUUUUUGUAUUAUACCGCUACGAGAGGUUUACAAAUUAUUAGAAUAUCGUUCUGAUGAGGCACAAUCGUUUAUUGUAAAUAAAUUUUAGCUAGUAACAUUAUAGUUCGGUCUUUGUUGGGUAAAUUAUAGAGUAGGCACGAUUUAUUUUGUUUGAUCGUAUGUGGUCGUAGAUGCGAUACGCAUUCGCCCUACAGUGAAAACACCGCUACGAGGCGAUAUAAAAUGUACAAACACUAACGUCGUUAGUUGCUCGCAAAAGAGAGAAUGAUAUAUGAUUAGUUAUAAAUAAAUAGGACUAUCUAUGAUGUUGGAGUUUUAACCAAUAGUUAUAGCGAUUAGACAGCGAAUGAAUGAUAAUUAUUUUGUUUUCAUGUAUCUUAAUUUCAGGACUUCUGUUCGUAACCUGACUGAUUGUCCGUUAUGAUAAUACGAUUUAUUGAUCGGUAUCACGUCUAGGUUAAUUAAAAGUAAAAGAUCUUUAAGGCACACGAACUACUUAAUCUUGAAUAAGAUUGGCACAUUAGGUAUAUUUUUAUUACAAUGAAAAAAAUUAAGUUAAUAUAUAUAUUUAAUUUUAAUUAUUGAACAGGCAAAUAUAUAUUUUAUAUUCGUUUUUAAUUGAGUAACUUCUUCAUUCCUGAAAAGAGUUGUUAAAUUUCGUGUGAUGUAGCGUGGAUCGCUAAUUAAUUACCCAUGAAUCGACUCCAUUGCCACUGCAUGUGGACACUACUUUUAAAUAAAACGUCACAUUCUUUAGAAUAUUAGAUUAUUAUCGAUUAAGCAAUAUCAUCAAAAGUAAAUUUAAAAUUGUUUUCGAAAUUAGAAUAAAGAACCUAUUGAUAUUUCAUAUUUUCAUACGAAAUUAAUAAAAGUUCUAUCAGUGAGUUUGGGAAUGGCGAAAAUGUCAUGUGGAAUUUGAAUUGAACCCGAAUAUAGCGUAACAACAAAUUAAAUAGGGUAUACAAAAGUUUUAGGGUAUAUUGAACAGUUCGACAUAUUUCAUGCCACAAUGUAAUUUUACCGAAGAGCGUAAAAAAAAACAAAUAUAUUUUCACAGCUUUACUUAUUUAUAAGACUAUGUGGGAUUAGUAAACCGUUGUAGAUUUAUUUUGUGGAAUUUAUCAAAUGAAAUCAUGACUAUUGGAUGUUAUUACUACCAAGAGUAAAAGGGUUUCCUUCAUAUUCGUUGUACAGCUAUAUCGAUUCUUAUUGCCUAAAUUUUAAUUACGUAAUUUAUUGACUUAUAUGUUGUAGUAACUACGAGUAGUUCUAAAAUGCAUUUCGUUAUAAAAUUUUACCGUUUUAUCACACUUGUGUUUUUUAAUAUUAUAUGUUGUUUUAGACUAUCGCGAGAGUUUGAUAUCUUGAGAAAUUAUUAUUGUACAUGUACGAUGUAAUUAUGUUAUAAAGUAUUACGUGUAAUUAUUAAAAGAAGACAAUUUAAAUAUUUUUGACUU